UCCACCGUGUCGCAGGACAGUGACGUCACCACGUGGUGACGUGUCCGUUUGUUUACAGCGGGCGUUGCGCUGCAGCUGCUCACAGACAUGGCUGUGGACAUAACUUUACUUUUCAAAGCCAGUGUCAAAACGGUGAAGACCAGAAACAAGGCGAUAGGAGUGGGCUUUGACUCCACUAAAGAUGAAAUUUUCAAGAGGAGCAGACCCAAAAGUGGCUUCUCACCGAAGGCGAAAGAAGUGAUCACGAACAUCACCAAACUCAAAGACUUUCUGCUUCAACACAGGAAAGAUUAUGUGAGCGCCGGGAGUCUCAUCUCAUCAGAUCUCACCCGCAUGACGGACAGUGAACGAGAUCAGAUCGACCAGGAUGCUCAAAUCUUCAUGAGGACCUGCUCUGAGGCCAUCAAGCAGCUACGUAAUGAAGCUGAGAAGCAGGUGACAUCAGCCCAGAUGAAGGAGCACAGGGGGGCAGUGCUGGACCUCAUUGAAAUGUAUCUGAAAGGAGUAUGUAAGCUCUACUCUGAGCAGAGAGCAAUUAGAGUCAAGAGAAUGGUGGACAAGAAGAGACUGUCAAGACUGGGAUCAGAGCACCACAGUCGGGUGGAGAAAACAGUAGAAGUGGAGCCCACAGAGGAAAAGGCUGUCAAGGAGGAAAGUUCUGACAAGAGUGUGUCAGAGGUCCUGGACAACAGUGUCAACCUGUGGGAGGAGGGCCGAGUGGAGGACGAGCUCUCUCCUGAGGAGAUCCAGAUGUUUGAGCAGGAGAACCAGAGGCUGGUCAGUGAAAUGAACAACCUGGUGGAUGAAGUGAGGCAAAUCGAGGGGAAGGUGGUAGAGAUCUCGCGACUCCAGGAGAUCUUUGCUGAGAAAGUCCUUCAACAAGAAACAGAAAUAGACAGCAUUCAUCAAUUGGUUGUUGGUGCUACAGAGAACGUUAAAGAAGGCAAUGAGGAUAUACGAGAGGCAAUCAAAAACAACGCUGGCUUCCGGGUUUGGAUCCUCUUCUUCCUGGUCAUGUGCUCUUUCUCUCUCCUCUUCCUGGACUGGUAUGACAGCUAACGCAACCGCCACCAUGGACUCUAACAAUAUGACAAGAAACCAUCUGGCUCUGGCACAUAUUGGUUUAUUUGUAAAAACAACAACACUGAGACUGAUUGUACAGUUUACCAUGCUGGACCUGAGGACAAAAUGACAAUUCUCCAAAGUCUCCAAAAUCUCCAAACUGUUCUUCAUGAAGAUUCUGGGUUCGAGUGGAGAUGGCAAUUUGUCCUUCCCUGAUUUUAGCUGUCUUAUUAAUCUGUUUCCAGUGCUUUCAGGAUUGCAGCUUUGAUGUAAAAAAGCACUUGUAUGGAGUCGGGCUUUGUUUGGAGCACUGUGUCCACUUUAACUGCGGUGAUGAAUGGAAAGUCAGUCUUUCUCUGUCACUAAAAGGAUUGAUAAUGGUUGAUUGGAAAUAACUGUUCUUGUCUGACUGAAAAACAGGUUUUGGUGUCUGCUGUUGCUCAUUUGGAACAGACUUUAAUGCACUAGAGGAUUCUGUGUAGACUUGCUUUGCAUUGACUCUGCAGUCUCGUGUCUUUAAAUAGAAUAUAAACUUGUGUCCCUCAAAGAUUCAUAAAUUAUGCUUCACUAUCAAACUUUGAGAAUGUUUUCUUUCCAGGAAACUAUGAGCAGCAGAACAAUAUACCUGACAUGUAUCACAGCAUAACUGUACUGACACACCACUCACAUUCUAGUAAAACUAAGCCAUACUUUAAAUUA